AUGUUCGACAUCGAACUCGUCAAAAAGAUCAACGAUUGGAAGGUAUCAGAAGAUGGUGCUCUCCCCAUCUGCAUUGGAUGCGAUGUUGGUGGCUCCGGUCUCAGAGUAAGAAUCUCUUCCUUCAACGACAGCGAAAAGUAUGUUGACCUCGGUCACGCAAAGGCAAAGUGCACUAAGCAAUUAGUUGAUGUCCUUGCUGAUCUUGAACAGAAAAUCAAGCAAGUUAAUGAUAAAUUCGUCUGCCUCGGAGCAGCUAUUGCUGUUGCAGGCCCAAUCAAGGCAGGUACAGUCAUCCUUACAAACUGGCAAGGUGAGCCAGCAGUUCGUACACUUACAUUAAAGGAUCUUCCACAAAAGAUUUUCCCAAAGGACAGAUCCGUCUUCUUAAACGACCUUGAAGCCGGUGCUUACGGUGUUAUCGCCGCUGCUGAUAAAGAUAUCCUUGAGCAGAACUUCGUUCAGCUCUUCCAGGACAAGGCACCAAAGGGUCCAGUACUUGCUAAUGGCAGAACAGCUGUUUUAGCUAUGGGAUCUGGCCUCGGUGCUGCUCUUGUUGUCAGAACACCACUGCUUAAGAACCCAUUAGUUCUUCCAACAGAACUUGGUCACGUUCAAAUUGCUCCAAACAUGAAGGAACACAAGAACUUCAAGCAAGAGAGAGAACUCAUCCAGCACAUCUCCAACCACUACUACAAAGGUGAACUUGACCCAGAAUACGAAGAUAUCUGCUCUGGCCGUGGUCUCCCAUUAGCUUACCAGUUCUACCACCAGAAGAAGACAGGAGAAUUACUUCCUGUUGAACAGAUUGAUGCUGGUGAAGUUGCAAAGAAGGCUAUGGAUGGUGAAGAAGAUGCUGUUGACGCUCUUAAGGCUCACUACAUUUUCUACCUUAGAGCUGCAAAGGCUAUCGCUACAUCCCUUUCUUGCGAAUCAUGCGUUCUUUCUCUUGAUAACCAGGUUAAGAACCACCCAUUUGUUAUGAAGAUCAUGAAAGAACUCGAGGAUGAGUUCUAUGAAUUCAUUAGACCAGAUUGGAUGAACGGUCUUCGUGUUUACAGCCAGAAAUCUAUCCUUAACUUUAACAUUCUCGGUACUGACUAUAUGGCACAUGCUAUUGCCAAUAAGCCAGAAUAA